CGCUAUUGCGUAAACUCGCACCAACGGCUCUUGAACUUUAACUUGGUUUCAGUCUCGCUGAAGACGGACGCGUAUGGAUCGCUGACAUGUUCACGAGCUGGGGGUUUAACCACCUUCAUUUGGUGGAUCUUGGAAAUAUAACCAAGACAAUAACAAGUCGCGGGGCGGAUUAGAAAGAUAAAACUUUUAGAGACUGUUGGAUAAAGUUAGCAGCAAAUCCUCGAGACACUGAAGUCUUUUCUACCCGCAGAGCGCAACAUGAAGACUCUCCUGGGAGUGUUAAUGGUGUUCAUUGUCUCAGGUGAUAACGAGACUAUUAAUGGCACCUUAGAAGAGAGUGUCCUUCUGCCAUGCAACUGUUCAAUGAGAAAUUUGAACAAGGAGUUGAGGUGGCAGGUGGAAAAAGCACACAUGACGCUGGUGUUCAAACACAAUGAGAACUCCUCAAACUUUUAUGGCACAUAUAAGGGAAGGGGCACGACAUUUCUGUCUGAGAACAGCAACAAUUGCUCCUUUCUGCUCACCAACAUCACCGCAGAUGACCAGGGGCGUUACAUAUGCAUUUUUCACGUUCAAGACACAUACCAGCAAUCACAUGUAAAUCUAAGCGUUUCUGCAAAGUACAAUGUCUGUCAGCAUGAAAACCUAAGUGGAAGUGGAAAAGUUUUCAAGUGUUACGUAAAAGGACGCUACAGAGAGGCUGAGAUUCAGUGGAAUUUGAAUGGAGAGCUCCUUCAUAAUUCAACAACAACCUACAUAACCCACACACACCACGUCCUGGAUGCUGCCUCUGGCUUUUACCAUUUCAACAGCACACUCAGCACUAAACUCAACUGGACCUCAAAACCUACAUGUAACGUCAAGGCUAAAGGAAUAUCAACCAGCUCUGACUGCAGUCCUGAAUUUUACAAGUUGGUGAGAGAAACCUUAAACCUUAGAUUCCGGUACUUAACAAUCAUACCCAUUAUGUUGGUGCUUGGAUUUUUUCUGCUCUUGUCGUGUUCAAACUUCUCCCGGAGUUCACGGAGGACAGGAGAGGUGGAGACGAUGAUAUAAACUGCGAAACACACAUGAUCAACUGAAAUGUGACAAUAUAAAAGAACUCUCCACCGAAACUGUUAGUCACAAAUGUGGCAUCAUGCCCACACAGAGACUAUACAAGCAUGUUACAUCCUGCAUUCAUGCCACUCAAGGAAUGUGGUGUUUCAGAAAAAUAUGCCCAUUUUGUAAGCCUCCAUGGAUGUUUACAGGGAGGUGUUUAAGUUCUAUUCUUCAAAGUUAAGGACUGUAAAAAAGAGAAAACCCUCUGUGAUGUGAAGAUAAAGUGACACAGUAUCUACAGGUAUCUUAAAUUCAGUGCUUUUUAGACCUUUUCAAGUUGUUCUAUAAACAAAAUUAAAGACAGAUUUCAUCUUUUUGGUAUUCAAAUAUGUAGAUAUAUCUGUGGUCCUGAGCAGAGGCAGGUUUAUGUAAGAACUUAGUUAUAAAAGUGAGUUAGGUCAAUCUGGUAGGUUCAGGUAUGAACUAAAAAGACUUCGUUAGGAUCAGUGGUAGGUUUAAAGAUAAGGUAACAUCAAAUGUUUGUGGCUUAAGACCUCACAAAAUUUUCUGAAUGCACAAAAAAGCUCAGCUGAUUCAGAUAUAUACUCCUUAGAACUUCAUUACAGAAAUACAGCACAAAACUGAGCCAGUUAAUGAUUAAACUUUGUAUAUACUGUAAAUGUCAUACCUCAAAUGUGAGAAAUUAACGUUUCAUUGACUGCAGACAUUUUAGGUAACUUCAUUUGAUAUUGUAAUACUUUGCAACAAUUAUGGAAAAUCUGAAUUUUGGGUAGAUAUGCAACAGUUUUAUAAGUCGUUAUCUUGACCGUUUAUUACAAUAAAGAUGAUAUUUAACACAAUACCAGCAUUGUUAAUUUAAAUUUGAAUAAAACGUAAUUAAUUCAAUGCAGAUAUUUACGGAAGGUAUCAAAAAUGUAUGUGCCUAUGGCUGACUAUCUACUGUGAUUUUCUUGUAACGUUUCCUUGUUCAAAGCUCUUCUUUCCUUAUAAUGUGUGCUUAAAUAUAACCUGUUCUUUUGUAACUGCCUUUGUGAUAUGAUGGUUAAACUGAAAGUUGUUGUGUUGUCAGAUUUGCUUUACUUUUUUAAAUAAACAUGUUACAGUCAUUGUAUGUCA